AUGGCGGCGGUAAGGAGGAAGCACCGGGCGGCCUGCCACAGCUGCGGCUGGCGGCAGCAGCUCAUCAAGGACCGCAUGCGUGGCGAGUCCUUUCAACGCUGGGCCGCACGCAACAUGGACAACUCGCUCUUCGCCUCUCUUCUCGACAUUGUUCAAGUGAUCCUCGGGGUCUUGGUCACGCUACUCUACUUUCAAAAGAACUGGUCGGCUUGGGACACCUCGAUCGACGACCCCGUGCUCCGCAUCAUCCAUGCUGUGUAUGGCACGCUCUUCCUUCUCGACUAUUUGCUGCGGCUCUAUGCGGCCGACAACAUGGAGACAUAUGUCUUCAGUCCGCUCGCGAUGAUCGAGCUCGUCUCGAUUCCGUCGCAGUUCGUCGAUGUGGUCUUCAGUGAAGCGCAGAACCGCGACAACUACAUCCUCUUUGGCGCGAUGAAAUGCCUCCGGCCGUUCCGAUGCCUUCGCUGCUUUCGGCUUCUGUCCUUUGCCAAGACGGCGCGCAUGCGCGAGACUGGCAUGCUCUUCUUCGCUGUCCUCGCCAUCAUCAUUUGCUUUGGCGCUGUGCAACAGGCGAUGGAGGCGUGCUUUUGCAACGACCUGCCCGGCUUGGACCCGAGCAACUGCUCGAUUGUCGACCGAAACACAACGGGGCACUGUCAGGACAUGGAGAUCUACAACGCCAUGUACUUUGUCGUCAUCACCAUCGCGACGCUCGGGUACGGUGACAUUGCGCCCAAGUCGACAUACGGCCGCAUCAUUGUGAUCAUCCUCAUCAUUGCCUCCACGGUACUCCUCCCGCUGCAAAUCUCGACGCUCAGCGAUGUGCUCAACCGUGACACUGAGUACGACAAGGCGUACACGGCGCGGCGGGAGCAGAGUCCGCACGUGCUCAUUUGCGGUGAAGUGACGUCGGGCGCGCUGGAUUUCUUCCUACGGCAGUUCCUGCACCCGAACAACCUCAACUGGAAGGACAAGGUCGUCAUCCUCUGUCCGUCGCUGCCGUCCCAUAACCUCAAGCGCGUGCUUCUCAACGCCGCGUACGAGCAGCGCGUCAUGUAUCUCCAGGGCUCGGCGAUGCUCGACGCCGACCUCAAGCGUGCGAGUGCCGCGACCGCGCGCCUCUGCUUUGUGCUGACCAACCAGCAAGCGCGGGACGCCGACCGGAGCGACACGUCGUCGAAUUUUCUCACGAUUUCGCUGCGCCGCUUCAACAAGCACCUACCGAUUUUCGUCCAAGUACUCAAAACCGACAACAUUCGGCACGUCCACCUCUCGGGCGCCAACAACAUUGUGUGUCUCGACCAGCUCAAGCUUGGCAUCCUUGCGCGCUCGUGCGUCUUGCCCGGUGUCUCGGCGUUUGUGUGUAGUAUUUUGUUUGCGUUCCGGCCCUUCCGCGGUGUCGAGCGGUCGCAUGUGUGGGCCUCGGACUUUUUGCGCGGCUGCAGCAACGAUAUCUACGACGUCCGCGUGCCCUUGUUUCUCGACGGACUUGUCUCGUUUGCGUUUCUCGCCUACGUGCUCUUCCAAGAGUUUGGGAUUGUGCCCAUUGGCAUGGGCCAUAAUGAAGAGUACCGGCUUUUUCCCGCGAAAACGCGCGUCCGCUGUGACUACAAAGUGUACAUUUUGUCGACGUCGCCCGACUGUUCGCGGCGCGUCGACGCCAUCUCACUCAGUUUGCUACAAAAGUACCAAACGAUGCUCGACAACUUUGACGAAAUCUCGCGCGCAUGGAACAAGCACUCGUUUUCGUCCAAGCUCGCGACGCGCGUCCAGCGGUCCAGCCGGCGCCUGCUGACGCGCACGACGCACCGCCAAUCGCUUGUCCACAGCUCGUUCUACUCGAUCAAAUCGAACGGCCGCGGGUCCGAAGCCGACUCGGAGGCUUCGCACAAGUCGAGUAUCGUGGUGCCGUGCACGACCGAGACGGACGUACCAUCCGCGACGAGAGAUGAAAGCACAACACACGACGCGACCGAGCCCUUCAUCUCGACCGCAUCCCAACCGACGUCGUUUCUACCGCUGCCUAAAGUCGUCGAAGGCGACGACGAGUCGCCCGAGAAGUCGCUCUUGCCGUCGCAGCUCAACCCAGCAAAACGCCUUCCGCCAUUGCACGUCGCCAGCCCGCUGCCAGUCCCCGAAGAGAGUAGUGCUGCGCAAGCCGCCCCAGAGGCAGUGAACGGUCGGUCCAACUCGCAGCUUUCACUCGACUACCUGUCCUUUCUCACAACCCACGUGCCCGACGACUUGCGCGACCACAUUCUUCUGUGCGGUAUGCCCAACAUGCUCCACGACUUUGUCGCGCCGUUGCGGCAGCCCAGCCGACCGCAAAAAAAGUUUGCCCCCGUCGUCCCGAUCGUCGUCCUGAGCGCGACGCCCAUCUCGGAGAAGCAGCACGCAAGCAUUGCGCACUUCAAGCACGUCUACUUCCUCCAUGGAUCGCCGCUGCAUCUGAGUGUCUUGACCGCCGCGCGCGCCGCCAAGAGCAAGAGCGUCGUCAUUCUGAGCUCGACGAACGACGACGACUGCGACGACGAGCCGGAUCUCGUCGAUGAAAACAUGAUUGAUACCGAUGCGCUGACGCUCUAUCGGUUCGUGACAGAGUUUUGCGAGACGAAUCAUCACCCGGACAUGCCGCUGCCCCGCAUUCUCAUCGUGCUCAACCGCCCGAGCAGCCUCCGCUUUGUCAAGGACGAGCACAACAAGGAGCCGGCCGACGAAGAGACCAUCGAGAUCCUUCGUCAGCACAAGCGCCAAGUGCUCUCGCGGUCCGACGACCCGCUCGACAGUAUUUGCACCCCGAUCUUUGCGUCCGGCAAAGUCUUCUUCCCCAAUGCGCUCGACGCGCUCCUUGGCACGUGCGACAAAAACGGCAGCGUCAUUGACCUCAUGUACCUCUUCAUUUUGGGCGAGCCGCCGCGGGGCGACGAGGCCGGGCGAUGUCUCGACCAGAUCACGAUUCCGCCGACGCUCUGGGGUCGACCGUACGGUGCGUGCUUUGAGAGCCUCCUAUUGCACCACAACAUUCUGUGCUUGGGUCUCUACCGCCCGCAAGCCAAGCAAAACAGCUACGUGUACGUCAACCCGAGUGCCGACGUCUUUGUGACACCCAAAGACAUUCUGUUUGUUUUGCGAUGA